UGGAACAAACCCAUAUUUGCCUCAGAUGUUGUGACAGAACGGAAAUCAGCUUUCCUCGCGCAUGCGGCCCAAGUGGACUCCUCAGCAGAUAUCCAAGCGCUGGUUGAUCACCUGCGCACCAGCACCACCAGUCGCCGUCUCAAGAAAGCGACGCAUUGCAUGUGGGCAUGGCGGACGGAUACCGACGCCGGCCAGAACGAUGGCGGAGAGAGCGGGGCUGGAGAGCGACUUGCCCGAUUGCUGGAGUUGAGCAACUGUCGGAAUGCCGCUGUCGUCGUCUGGAGAUGGUACGGUGGAGUGCCAUUGGGCUCCGCGCGCUGGAAGUGCAUCAGCGGGACAGCCAAGGAGGCGCUCAGAAGAGGGGGCUUCAUGAGAUAG